GGGACAACCGUGAGAGGGCCCAUCCCGCUCCUCCCCGGGACUCCUCCGCGAUCGGGCCCCUCAAAGCCCGUCCCCGGAACCGCCCUGGCGCGGGCGGCCGUGAGGGAGGCGGAGGGGAUCGAUAUCUCGGCGCUCGGCAGACGGCGGCUGUCAUGGCGCUGAGCGGGGUGCGGGUGCUGGAGCUGGCCGGCCUGGCGCCGGCGCCGCUUUGCGGGAUGAUCCUGGCCGACUUCGGGGCCCGGGUUGUACGGGUGGACCGGACGCCUGGCUCCAGCGUGGCCAUGGACGUGCAGGGCCGCGGCAAACGCUCCUUGGCCCUAGAUAUUAAGCAGGCGCAGGGCGCGGCGACGCUAAGGCGGCUAUGCUGCCGCUCCGACGUCCUUAUCGAGCCCUUCCGCCAUGGUGUCAUGGAAAAACUUGGGCUUGGUCCAGAGGUCCUCCUACAGGAGAAUCCCAAACUCAUCUAUGCUAGACUUACUGGAUUUGGUCAGACAGGAAAAUAUGCCAAGACUGCAGGUCAUGACAUCAAUUACUUGGCUUUAUCAGGUGUGCUUUCAAAGCUGGGUAGAAAAGAUGAAAAUCCUUAUGCACCUGUAAAUCUUCUGGCUGAUUUUGCUGGUGGGGGUGUCAUGUGUGCAAUGGGCAUUAUUACAGCCCUUUAUGAACGUACCAAAUCUGGCAAAGGGCAGAUCGUUGAUGCAAGUAUGGUAGAAGGAGUAGCAUACCUAAGUUCUUUCCUAUGGAAAUCACAAAAUUUGGGUCUUUGGAACAGACCUCGAGGCGAGAACCUGCUAGACAGUGGUGCACCUUUUUAUGAAACCUACAAAACCUCUGAUGGAAAAUUCAUGGCUGUCGGUGCCAUUGAACCUCAGUUUUAUAAUCAGUUAAUAACAGGUCUUGGGCUAGAUGCAGAUAAGCUCCCCAGCCAGCUGAGUUUCUCUGACUGGCCCAAAAUGAAGAAAAAAUUUGCGGCCGUAUUUGCACAGAAGACACAAGCUGAGUGGUGCAGCAUAUUUGAUGACACUGAUGCCUGUGUGACCCCUGUUUUAUCCUUUGAUGAUGUUGCCUCACAUCAGCAUAACAAACAAAGAAGUUCUUUUAUUAAAAAUGAUCAGGAAGAGAUAAGUCCUAGACCUGCUCCUCUUCUAUCAAGAACCCCUGCUGUUCCAUCAUUUAAAAGAGAUCCUUUUAUAGGAGAACACACAGAGGAGAUACUUCUAGAAUAUGGAUUUACUAAGCAAGAGAUUACUAAACUUCAUUCUGAUAAAGUAAUAGAAUUCAGUAAACCAAAAGCUAAUUUAUAAUCUGUACCUGUGAGAAUCAGACAAAUUGCAAGCUGAUACAAUACAUUUUAAUGCAUUAAAUUGAAUUAUAUGGUAAAUAUGGCAAAUGAAUGUUUGAAUGAUACAGCUUUCAAGUAAUUUUUCUUUUUAAUAAAGAUACUUUAAUUGAAAACAGUGGGAAUUACACACCUGUGUACCUGGGUGGUCUGCAGCCUGGAAUGACACCAAAAGUGUGUUCUGAAGUUCAAGAGUUUGCUUGGUAAGCAGCUGUAAAUCUUCAAAAUGUUGCUUUGAUAUGAUCUUGUGAAAUGUUUGUUUCUUUUAAUUCCUAUUUACCUUUAUAUUGUAAUAGCAUGAGGGCAGUACUUUUCAUAAGAUACAGUUGUAUUCUUCCUAAAGAAUUGAUUGGUUUGUUUACUUCUUAGAUUAGAAAGGAUUUUUUUUUCUCUGUCUUAUCAUAUUAAUACAUUUGCCUUAUCAUGCCAAAGCAGUUAUCAAGAUAAUGCUGUUUUUUUAUGUGCGGCUUUAAAGUUAUUAUCAUAAAGUAAUUCUAUUUAAUAUCCUGACUACAUCUCCCUAAUGCAGUCUCCUUAUUAUAUUACAUUUGGAAUUUCAGUUUGCCUAGAAAAUAACUUCAGAAGAAAAUUCUUUGUCAUAAAAUAGCUGCCAAGUAUUAAUCCUUCCUUCCCUAUCUGGAAGAAUAGCAGGCAACUUAGCUGUGAAGGAUUUAAACAAUAGUUAUUCAAUGGUGGGUUUCAUUCCUUCAAAAUUAAACUGUUAUUUAAAACGAACUCUUGCAGGGCAAAAAACCACAAAUAAUACACUUU